GAGGGUUUCCUCCAGACGUCCCUGCAGGACGGAGCGGUGCUGUGCCGGCUGCUGGAGCGACUCCGACCCGGGACGGUGGACAAAUUCUUCCAGGAGCCGAGGAGCGACAGCGACUGUCAGAGGAACAUCGGAGAGUUCAUCAGGGGCUGCGGCUCUUUCUGUGUGGAGCCUUUCGAGGUCAGCGACCUCCUGCAGGGGCUGAACUUCACCAAGGUGCUGACCUGCCUGGUUGCCCUGAACAAAGCUACUGAAGAUAUAGGUGUUUCUGAGGACAGUGUGUGUGUGUCGCACUCCUCAACAUCCAGGAUCAAGUCAUUUGAUUCUCUCAACACUCAGAGUCGCUCCUCCAAACUGCAUCAGCCUCAGUACCGCAGCCUGGACAUGUCGGAGGGCAGUGGGUGUGUCCACUCGCUGUUCAAGGCGCGCUUCCCCUUCCAGCAGACCAAUGAGGACGAGCUCUCUUUCGGCAAGGGUGACAUCAUCAGUGUGAGCAGGCAGGAGGAUGGGGGCUGGUGGGAAGGCUCGAACAACGGCAAGACCGGAUGGUUCCCCAGUAACUAUGUGCGGGAGCUGAAAGGAAGCGAUAAAACGUUAGAAAAGCCAAAGUCUGGGACCCUAAAAAGUCCACCCAAGGGUUUUGACACCACGAUCAUCAGUAAGACGUACUACAACGUGGUCCUGCAGAACAUCCUGGAAACCGAGACUGAAUACUCCAGAGAACUCCAGAGUCUCCUGGGCUCAUACCUGCGCUCACUUCACCCCACAGACAGACUCAGCAGCGUCGACAUCGGUCACAUUCAAGGAAAUCUGGAGGAAAUCUCGACCUUCCAGCAGAUGUUGGUUCAGUCCUUAGAGGAGCACACAAAACUCCCAGAGAGCCAGCAGAAGAUCGGGGGUUUCUUCCUGAAUCUGAUUCCCCAGAUGAAGAUCCUCUACGUGGCCUACUGCUCCAGCCACCCGUCUGCUGUCAAUGUGCUCACACAACACAGUGAGGCGCUCGGGGAGUACAUGGAGUCAAAGGGGGCGUCCACUCCAGGGAUCCUGACUCUGACCACGAGUCUGAGUAAACCCUUCACCAGACUGCAGAGAUACCCCACGCUGCUGAAAGAACUGGACAGACACAUGGAGGACCAACACCCUGACAGAGCUGAUCUCCAUGCUUCAAUGGCGGCCUUCAAAACCCUUUCAGCUCAGUGUCAGGAGGUGAGGAAGAGGAAGGACCUGGAGUUGCAGAUUUUAACGGAGCCAAUCAGAAACUGGGAGGGGGAUGACAUCAGAACCCUCGGCCCCGUCCAGCACAUGUCUCAGGCCAAGGUCCACACGCAGAACUGUCAGGAGUCAAACGAACGCUACCUCGUCCUCUUCCCUCACACACUGCUCGUUCUAUCUGCCAGCAUGAGAAUGAGUGGAUUCAUCUAUCAGGGGAGGAUGCCACUGUCAGGGAUGCUCAUCUCCAGAAUAGAGGACGGAGACAACCUGAAGAACGCUUUUGAAAUAUCCGGGGCUCAGAGUGAGCGGAUGCAGGUGGCGUGUAACACUCAGCAGGCACUACAGGAAUGGCUCGACCUUCUCACCAAACACACACACACUCCAGCCGCACUCGCACACAAGCAUCAGUCCGUCUGUCACACAUUGCCGUCCCACCCGGUCACUCCCACCAGACACUCUGAGUCACGUGGAGGGAGCAGCGGACACACCUACCACACCCUUCCCCAUCCCGCCUCAUAUGGUACGCCUCAUGGAAGCAACCCAAUGUGGGGGCCCCUUGAGCCACCGAGCACCCCCAAACCCUGGAGCCUGAGCUGCCUUCGCCCUGCGCCUCCGCUUCGGCCGUGCGCUGCUCUCUGCAUCAAGGAGGAUAUGAGCAAAAGUCCUAAAAACAUGAAGAAGCUGCUCCCGAAGAGGAAGCCAGAGAGGAAACCUUCAGAAGAGGACUUCACUGUCAGAAAGAGCACCGCAGCUCUAGAGGAGGACGCUCAAAUACUGAAAGUGAUCGAGGCGUACUGCACCAGCGCCAAGACACGACAGACUCUCAACUCCAGCUCCAGCAGGAAGGACGUUCAAAUGUUGUUCCCAGAGGAGGAGAAGAUCAUAGUGGAGGAAACCAGGAGCAACGGACAGACUGUGGUGGAGGAAAGGAGUUUGGUGGACACUGUGUACAGCCUCAAGGAUGAAGUUCAGGAACUCAAACAGGACAAUAAGAGGAUGAAGAGGACGCUGGAGGAGGAGCAGCGAGCGAGGAAGGAGAUGGAGAGGGUCAUCAGGAGGGUUCUGAAGAGCAUGGACGACCCAACCUGGGACGAGACAAACCUCUGAGAUCUACGUGGAUCCAAACAUUACGGACAGGAUGUGACUUUAAAUGACCGAAUGGCCUGAGUGAAAUGUUGUUCAACCUGUGUGGACACAAACUGCCAACACUCCAUUGUGUUAUUCAACAUCUCUUCACCGUUUCCACUUAAACCCUCACUAUUCCCUGCAUAGUACACUCUGGACCAAGAGAAGAUGCCUGCCGGCCAUCAGCAAAGCCAUCACAUCUGACUUUAAAGUUGUGAAGCCAAAAUAGCUGGUAGGCAUGAUGAUCUCACAUCCUGUCAUGCUCCUUUCCACUUUCUUUAAGCCUUUGGAGCGCGGACACAAAAAUCUCUUUAUAUCUUUUACUUUCUUGCAGUAAGUAUAACAUUUCACCAUUGCCAGGAAAGUAUUUUAUUAACUGACCUGGUGCAUGAAUUAGAACGAUACAUGAGUUUAUAUAUUUCAUAAAAACUAAACAGACAUUUUUGAUUAGCAGCCAUGUAAUCACAAAUCCAAAUGUUAAAGAAACAUUUACAAAG